ACAGAGAGCGGUUGGCGCCAUCUGAGCGUGCUUGUCAGCUGAUAGCAGGUAACAGGAAGGAGAACAAGCUGUCAAGACACUAAACGUUGCUAGGAUGCAUUCUUACCAUUUCACCAAAGAUCCUUUACCGGACUCAGUAUCUAACGACAUUCAGAAUCUCAACAAAUUAAACCAGGAGCAGUUCUCAUCACUUGUAGAAAUACUUUUCCAAUUCUUAACAGAACCCAGGGAGACAGAAAGAUUUUUAAACCAACUCAGUGACUUCGCCUCUGCAAAUGGAAUGAGCCAUGGUCCUUUAAAAAAUAUUGUGAAAAGUAUUCUUCUGGUUCCCAAUGGUGCUAUGAAAAGGAGUCUUACAGCAGAACAUGUCAAAGCUGACUUGAUUGCUUUAGGUCUGAAUGAGGAAAAGGCAGGUUACUUUGCAGACCAGUGGACUCUGCAUUCUGUGGCCCUCUCCAGGCUUGCCCUUGGUCAGACACUAAUGGUUAACCAGCUAAUAGACAUGGAGUGGAAAUUUGGAGUAACUGUAGGAAGCAGUGAAUUGCAGAAAGUUGGGAACAUCUUUUUACAAUUAAAACUGGUUGUGAAGAAAGGGCACGGAACAGAGAAUGUUUACAUGGAGUUAACCCUGCCACAAUUCUAUAAUUUUCUUCAUGAACUGGAACGUGCAAAGACUAGCUUGGAGUGUUUCAGCUGAAAACUGUGACCUUACGCAAAUUCUCCACAUUUGAAAUGAUGUCUAUCGUCUCUGCGUAAAAUACAUUUCUCAAGCUGACUUUUAUAAAUUUAUGUAUACCAGUGCUGAAUUGCAAAAUACAGUAUUAAAAGUGAGUUAUAAUGAAA